CCACAGGCCGACUCUGAUUGGCUCGGACACGGCCAACUCCAUUUUGGAAAAACAGCUGUUUGAAGACACAGCCUCUCCGCGUUUGUUAGCAGACGGAACCCUGAAGAAAACACCCAGGCUUCACGGCACAGACACGCACACGCAAACACACACACACACACUUCUUCACCACACGUUUAUUUAUUCACCCUUUCUUUCUUUCUUUUUUCCCUUUUCUUUCACACCAGCCUGCUUCAGUUUCGGCUCAGCUCGGCUUGCUGCGUUUUUUUUUUGGUUUUUUUUUUGCCCCCUCGUUUUUGUUUUUUUUGUGUAUCCGACCUCCAGGAAACUUAACCGGGGAUCCAUGGUGUUAAAUCUCCAUUGUAACAAGUGGAUAACAGGAGGCGACCGGACCAAGGUGUAAUGAGAGCGCUGGUCAUGGACAGAUGAUGGACGUGGAGACGUCGUACUCGGACUUCAUCAACUGUGAUCGCACAGGCCGCAGGAACGCAGUGCCCGACAUCUCGGGGGAGGGGGCAGUAGUGGCCAGCACCAGUGAACUCACCAAAGACCUGGCAGAGAUGGACCUGAAGGCUGCAGAAGGAGACCCGGGGGCCUCCCCAGCCCCUGAGGCAGAGGGCUCCCCCAGCCAAGACGCCCAGGGAAGCGGAGGCCCAUCCUAGACUCAGCUGGACACUAAAGGGGGGCAGAGCCAAGGAGAGAAAAGUAGAGAGGAAGCAGGUGAAAGUGGAGAGGCAUGGAGAAAGGAAAGAGAGAGUGUAUGUGGGUUGUCCUAACUGGACACGGGGACACCUUCGCUCACUGCUGGCGUGUUAGGAGCUUCCGGAGCUCUAAAUGUUCGCCUUUUAUUGAAUGAGAUUGUAACAUUGGGAAAAGAACAGAGCAGAACUGACAGUUGAGACGCUGCGCUGUUAGUAGAAAGCACAGAAACUUCGGAUUAAUGUCUGUGGAGAUGGACUAAGCUGAACAGAAUUCAUUCAUAACAACACUCGAAACAUUGUUCCAACCUAAUAUGGAACUGUGUCACGGAGAGCGUAUUCUUAAUCAUUCGUUUGUCCUUUUCUUUCUACGUAUGUGUGUGCGUUUGUGACUCUCUUGUUCAAUUCCAUCGCCAAGUCUUUUCUUUUCUUUAGUUACAAACAUAGUCACCAUUAUACUGUCGUGUAUGGACUCCAUAUUUAUUGCUAAAUGUUCAGUGAUAACUUUGUGAUAGCAAUUUUCUUUGUGUAAUAAAAUACUUAUGAAUUACUGUAA